CUAAAACAUAAUACAGUGCAAACAAACCAAACCAACCACCCACAGAUAACAGUACAUACAAGCAAGCGUCGUCAGGCAGGCCGGGUCAAUAUCAAUAGGGCAGGUAGGUACAGGGGGAGCAAGCGGAGAUGGGUCGGGGUCACAGGCCAGGUUCAGCAGGUAGCAAGCAGCGUGGUACAGAGGGUCAGGCAGAGGGGUCAUGGUCAGGAGCGAGCCGGGAUCAGAGCAGGAGAAGUCAGCAGCGGUUCAGAUCAGGCAGGGUCAGCAAAGGAACAGAAACAGGAUGCAGGACAGAUACAGGGCCCAGGACAAACACAACACCAAGGCAGAGUCUGCAAGUCUGGCCAU